UGUAGCUCCGGAGGUCUAACCCUAGAAUCGAAAAGAGAGACAUGGAAAACUGAAGCUUAAAGAGAUCAAGUGAUAGAUCCAGGGCUUUAAAUUCAGCAAGUGACAAAGCCAUGAUUCAAACCAAGGAAUGUAAAGAAGAUAUAAAAAUGGAUUCAAGUAUGGUUGUGAAUUCUGUCACUAUAUCUGUUGAGGGAAUGACAUGUAGUUCCUGUGUUUGGACCAUUGAGCAGCAGAUUGGAAAACUGAAUGGAGUACAUCACAUUAAAAUUCCGUCUAUAAUAAAUGUUAAUCAGAUAGUAGAACUAGUUCCAGAUCUCAGUUUGGAUAUUGGAACUCUGGAGAAAAAGUCAGGAACUUGUGAAGAUUACAGUAUGGCUCAAGCAGGUGAAGUCAUGCUGAAGAUGAAAGUGGAAGGGAUGACCUGUCAUUCAUGCACUAACACCAUUGAAGGAAAAAUUGGGAAACUGCAAGGUGUUCAACGAAUUAAAGUCUCCCUGGACAACCAAGAAGCUACUAUCGUAUAUCAACCUCAUCUUAUUACAGUAGAGGAAAUAAGAAAGCAGAUUGAAGCUGCAGGUUUUCCAGCAUUCAUCAAAAAACAGCCCAAGUACCUCAAAUUAGGAGCUAUUGAUAUAGAACGUCUAAAGAACACACCAGUCAAAUCCUCAGAAGGAUCACAGCAUAAGAGCCCAUCAUACAUCAAUGAUUCACAAAUCACUUUCAUCAUUGAGGGCAUGCAUUGUAAAUCAUGUGUGUCAAAUAUUGAAAGUGCUUUAUCAACACUACAAUAUGUGAGCAGUAUAGUAGUUUCCUUAGAGAAUAAGUCAGCCAUAGUAAAGUAUAAUGCAAGCUCAGUCACUCCAGAAACUCUGAGAAAAGCAAUAGAGGCUGUAUCACCAGGGCAAUAUAGAGUUAAUAUUACAAGUGAAGUUGAGAGUACCUCAAACUCUCCCUUUAGUUCAUCUCUUCAGAAGAUUCCUUUGAACAUAGUUAGCCAACCUCUGACUCAAGAAACUGUGAUAAACAUUGAUGGCAUGACUUGUAAUUCUUGUGUGCAGUCUAUUGAGGGUAUCAUAUCAAAAAAGACAGGUGUAAAAUCCAUACGAGUUUCCCUUGCAAAUAGCAAUGGGACUGUUGAGUAUGAUCCUUUACUAACUUCUCCAGAAACCUUGAGAGAAGCAAUAGAAGACAUGGGAUUUGAUGCUUCCUUCUCAGAUAUGAAUGAGCCAUUGGUAGUAAUAGCUCAGCCUUCAUUGGAAAUGCCACUUUUGACCUCAACUAAUGAAUGUUAUACUAAAAUGGUGACACCAAUUCAUGACAAAGAAGAGGCAAAGACUUUGUCUAAGUGUUACAUACAGGUCACUGGUAUGACUUGUGCUUCCUGUGUAGCAAACAUUGAACGGAAUUUAAGACGAGAAGAAGGAAUACAUUUUGUACUUGUGGCUCUGAUGGCUGGCAAGGCAGAAGUAAGAUAUAAUCCUGCUAUUAUACAACCUGCGAUAAUAGCAGAGUUCAUUCAAGAGCUUGGAUUUGGAGCAACUGUGAUGGAAAAUGCUGAUGAAGGGGAUGGUGUUUUAGAAUUUGUUGUAAGAGGAAUGACUUGUGCCUCCUGUGUUCAUAAAAUAGAGUCUACCCUCACAAAACAUAGAGGGAUAUUCUACUGCUCUGUGGCCCUGGCAACCAACAAAGCACAUAUUAAAUAUGACCAAGAAAUUAUUGGUCCCAGAGAUAUUAUCCAUACAAUUGAAAGCUUAGGUUUUGAAGCUUCUUUGGUCAAGAAGGAUCGGUCAGCCAGCCACCUAGACCAUAAACGAGAAAUAAAACAAUGGAGACGGUCUUUCCUUGUGAGCCUGUUUUUCUGUAUUCCUGUAAUGGGACUGAUGAUAUAUAUGAUGGUUAUGGACCACCACCUUGCAAGUCUUCACCAUAAUCAGAACAUGAGUCAAGAAGAAAUGAUCAAUAUUCAUUCUUCUAUGUUCUUGGAGCACCAGAUCCUGCCAGGAUUAUCCAUUAUGAAUUUGCUAUCAUUUUUAUUGUGUGUACCUGUACAGUUUUUCGGAGGAUGGUACUUCUACAUUCAGGCCUACAAAGCACUGAAGCAUAAAACUGCAAAUAUGGAUGUGCUGAUUGUGCUGGCAACCACCAUUGCAUUUGCUUACUCUUUGGUUAUUCUUCUGGUUGCAAUGUACGAGAGAGCCAAAGUGAACCCUAUUACUUUCUUUGACACACCUCCUAUGCUAUUUGUGUUUAUAGCACUAGGCCGGUGGCUAGAACAUAUAGCAAAGGGCAAAACAUCAGAAGCUCUUGCCAAACUAAUUUCACUACAAGCUACAGAAGCAACUAUUGUAACUCUUAACUCUGAUAAUAUCCUCCUGAGUGAAGAACAAGUGGAUGUGGAACUUGUACAGCGUGGAGACAUCAUCAAAGUGGUUCCAGGAGGCAAGUUCCCAGUGGAUGGUCGUGUUAUUGAAGGACAUUCUAUGGUAGAUGAGUCCCUCAUCACAGGGGAGGCAAUGCCUGUGGCUAAGAAAUCUGGCAGCACAGUAAUUGCUGGUUCCAUUAACCAGAAUGGGUCAUUGCUUAUCCGUGCAACCCAUGUUGGAGCUGACACAACCCUUUCUCAAAUUGUCAAACUUGUGGAGGAGGCACAGACAUCAAAGGCUCCUAUCCAGCAGUUUGCAGACAAACUCAGUGGCUACUUUGUUCCUUUUAUUGUUAUUGUUUCCAUUGCUACCCUCUUGGUUUGGAUUAUAGUUGGAUUUCUGAAUUUUGAAAUUGUGGAAACAUACUUUCCUGGCUACAACAGAAGUAUCUCCAGAACAGAAACGAUAAUACGUUUUGCUUUCCAAGCCUCUAUAACAGUUCUGUGUAUUGCAUGCCCCUGCUCCCUGGGACUGGCUACUCCAACUGCUGUGAUGGUGGGUACAGGAGUAGGCGCACAAAAUGGCAUACUAAUCAAAGGUGGCGAGCCACUGGAGAUGGCUCACAAGGUAAAGGUAGUGGUAUUUGAUAAGACUGGAACCAUUACACAUGGAACCCCAGUAGUGAAUCAAGUAAAGGUUCUAGUUGAAAGUAACAGAAUAUCACGCAAUAAGAUCCUGGCCAUUGUGGGAACUGCUGAAAGUAACAGUGAACACCCUCUAGGAGCAGCUGUAACGAAAUACUGCAAGCAGGAGCUGGACACUGAAACAUUGGGUGCCUGCAUAGAUUUCCAGGUUGUGCCCGGCUGUGGUAUUAGCUGUAAAGUCACCAAUAUUGAAGGCCUGCUACAUAAGAGUAACUGGAAGAUAGAGGAAAAUAAUAUUAAAAAUGCAUCUCUGGUUCAAAUUGAUGCGAAUAAUGAACAGUCAUCAACUUCAUCUUCCAUGGUUAUCGAUGCCCAGCUCUCAAAUGAUCUUAAUGCUCAACACUACAAAGUCCUUAUUGGUAACCGGGAGUGGAUGAUUAGGAAUGGUCUCACCAUUAAUAACGAUGUAGAUGGUUUCAUGACUGAACAUGAGAGAAAAGGUCGGACAGCUGUAUUGGUGGCAGUUGAUGAUGAACUAUGUGGCUUGAUAGCUAUUGCUGAUACAGUAAAGCCUGAAGCAGAAUUGGCUGUCCAUAUUCUGAAAUCCAUGGGCUUAGAAGUAGUUCUGAUGACUGGAGACAACAGUAAAACAGCGAGAUCUAUUGCUUCGCAGGUUGGCAUUACUAAGGUGUUUGCUGAAGUUCUACCAUCCCACAAGGUUGCUAAAGUGAAGCAACUUCAAGAGGAGGGGAAACGAGUAGCAAUGGUAGGAGAUGGAAUCAAUGACUCCCCAGCUUUGGCUAUGGCUAAUGUUGGAAUUGCCAUUGGCACAGGCACAGAUGUAGCCAUUGAAGCAGCUGAUGUGGUUUUGAUAAGGAAUGAUCUUCUGGACGUAGUGGCAAGUAUUGAUUUAUCAAGGAAGACAGUCAAGAGGAUUCGGAUAAAUUUUGUCUUUGCUCUAAUUUAUAAUCUGAUUGGAAUCCCCAUAGCUGCUGGAGUUUUUAUGCCAAUUGGGCUGGUUUUGCAACCCUGGAUGGGAUCUGCUGCAAUGGCUGCUUCCUCUGUUUCAGUAGUACUUUCUUCUCUCUUUCUUAAACUUUAUAGGAAACCAAAUUAUGAGAAUUACGAACUGCAUGCCCGAAGCCAGAUGGGACAGAAAAGUCCUUCAGAAAUCAGCGUUCAUGUUGGAAUAGAUGACACCUCAAGAAAUUCUCCUAAACUGGGUUUAUUGGACCGGAUUGUUAAUUAUAGCAGAGCCUCCAUAAAUUCACUACUGUCUGAUAAGCGGUCCCUAAACAGCGUUGGUACCAGUGAACCUGACAAGCACUCUCUCCUGGUGGGAGACUUCAGGGAAGAUGAUGACACCACAUUGUAACAGGCCAUAGAGAGAGUGUGCUACUAACUGAUGUUAUGCACUGAUAUAGCAUUCAUGACGUCAUGUUAGUGUUUCAGAAUAUUGUCGGAUUUUAUGUUGGUCUCAUGCUCAUAUAUUAGGGAUUCUAUUUAAGUUGCAUUUGUCUUAUGGCAAAACUUUUUCAGAACCUCAGCUCUGAACCUAGCUUUAUUUAAAAUGAACUCCAGUAUUUUUUUCACUAGUAACAGCUUAGUUAGGGCAGUGAGGUUUAUAGAAAGCCCUAGAAUUGAGAUUGCUGAAUUGCUGCUAAAGUGAUAGGUAUUUUUUUAAUUUGACUAAGAAGAAAAAUAAAAACUCAUGAAGAUAAUUAAAAACUUAAAAUUUUGAGAGCAUGACCUUGAGGAGAUUCUUGAGUCCUUAUCCCUACCAGAUUGGGGAGCAAGGACUUUCAAAGCACUGUAUAAAAUAUCUAGUUUUAGAAAGAAAACAGUUGAAACUGUUUACAAAUAGAUGUGCCUUAUUUAUUGCAGGCUUUCUUUCCCCCUUUGUUCUUCCUGCAUCUUUGUCCUUGCUGUUGCUUUCUUAGAUGAUCCAGUGUGUUUUCUUUUGUUAUCAUCUUUCAAGUGAACCAAGUAUUGAUAGUUUUUCAUUGAUAAAAAUAAAUCACAACUUUCCCAUUAUCUUGUUCUUUAUCUUAUAGCUCAGAAAACCUUAUAGGUCUUUAUGGUUCCCUGCAUCCCAUCUUUCCAUUGAUAUAAAAAACAUACCAGAUUCUUCUUUCAGUAACUCCCUAGCUCUGUGCAAGUUUUCAAUUAAUUCCUGCUGAGUACAGCUAUAAGUCAUUCUUAAUGUAGUCUAGCAACCUCAUUCCAGAAACUUAAUAUUUUGAGCUUCUUCCAUAAUUGAUUUUUUCCAAAUAUUAACACUACUUCUUUAACAUAUAUAGUACAUAUAAAAUUACCUGGAUUCACUGAAUUUGUCCCUUUUUGAAGACAAGUCCUUUGCUUGUAUAUAUAACUUAAUUAUCUUCAACUGUUUUUAAAUAACCCCUCAAAAUGACUAAAAUAAUGCUAUGAUACAAAGCUGCUUUUACCAAAAAAAAAAACACAAUAAAUUAUAAUAUACAAAUGAGAAAUUUCCCAGAUUUCCAUAACUUUUAAUGAGAUCUGUGCUUUUCUCCAGUUUGAAACAUAUGCACUUGUUAGUUAAUGUGAUUGGCAAAAUUAGGGGCUUGUUCAUAUUGCCAUAUAAAUUGAGAAAUUCCUCUGUGAGUUAAUACAUUAGUCAGAGAUCUGGUACUUGAGUCACUAUUUAAAUGUUCUUGAGAAUUGCAAGAUGAAUUACACAUGUGGAAAGUUUAAGGGAAGAGAACUCAUAAAUAAAUUCCUAAUAUUUUGUUCCCAUUUAUGUAAUUGACAUACAUAAAGCUGCUAGCACAAUGCUUAGUACAUAGUGUUUGUAGUGUUAGUUCUUUUCUCCUCUUGAGGUCAGUAAUAAAUAUUAAAAAUCAUUUUUAUAAAACAGUCUACAAUCAGGUAGAAGUGGCGGAUGUGUUUCUCCCUCUCCUACCAUUCUUCUCUUUGAUCCACUCAUACGCACACUAAAAAGUUUACAACAUUAUUAUUCAAUGUUAUACUUUCAGAUUUGCAAGAUCUAAUUUUAUUUCAGCUAUGUUAAAAAGUGAACUGAAGCUAGAAAGGCAAGCCCAUAUUAUAAAAUAUGAAUUAGUUUAUGUGUCUAUGCUCUUUUUCAGCCCAUACAUAUGCCAUUUCUCAUGCUUCCAUUUUGAAUGUUAAUAUUUCUUUCUUGUUUUAACUACAGUUGCUCAGCAUGCCACAACUUGUUUCUUCCAGAAGAAACAGCUAAUAUGACAAUUAUAUAACAGACUUUUGCAUAAAUAGCCACCUCCCUGUCCACUCCUACCCUCCACUCUUUCUCUUUUUGAAGUACUUGAACAUAGCCAGUUAUCUUUUAUUAUUAUAUGUUUGUUUGAUUUUUUUUCUAUUGCCCCACAUGCCAGAGGACCCACAUGUUAUAGAACAGAGGGACAAGCAGCCUAUAAUCUGGAAAUACUCAACAACAUUUUCGCCCUGUACUACAAAAACAGAAAACAUGCUGUUUUGAUGCUUUAAAUGUUUGUAGCUCCACUUGAAUUCUCUACCACAAAUACUACAAAAACAGAAAACAUGCUGUUUUGAUGCUUUAAAUGUUUGUAGCUCCACUUGAAUUCUCUACCACAAGAUUCUUUUGCAAUCUUGAAUUUCCUUUAGCUUCAUAGAGCAGCUGUAUUCACGAGAGAGAGGUGAUAUAUAUACAAGGGAUCAAAAACAUUGCUUUCAGUUAGUUACUGGCUUUAAAUAACUAGUCAGAACAAAUUUUAUGAAUGUGUAUAUGUAUGUGUGUUCGUCAUAUACAUACACACAAACCACAUAAAAAUAAUGAUUUUAUAUUUAAAUUUGAUAUUUGAACAUUUGAAGUUUUUUAUUUGUUGUUUCUUUAUCACUCUCUGCAUUUACUCAACAAUCAUGCCCUCAGUCUAAGGAUAAUAAGGAUGUUUUCAUAUCCAGUGCAGGUUCAGACUCUAUUAUGGGUACCUUUUAACUUAAUAUCCAAAGAUGCAUUUUGAAUUUCAAAGAUAUAAACUGAAACUAGAGUAUUUAAUGUUGUAGACUAAAGAAGUAUGGUUCUCAGUUGUGAAAAGAUAAAUGUUAUUUUUCCUAGCUUAGCAUCAACAUUUUAGAUGGUUUGAUGCCUUGUGCACAGAUAAUUUUUUAUGUUGUGCUUUAAUUUAAAAAAUUUAUUUUCUUUGCAUGUAUUCUUUGUUCAGAAUUCUUAAAAUAGCACUCUAGAUGUUUCCAAAAAUUUAAGCAAUGCCUAUCUUUUCUGUACACAGCUUAAAAUCAAGAAUUUAUGUUGAGAUUUGUUCCAUUACUUGUGAAUCUUGCUUUAAAAUUAUUUUUAUUAAUAUUUAUUUUAUUCUUUUAUUAUUUAGGGGGGUGAGGUAUCUGAUAACUGGUUAUUUUAAUAAGAAUAAAAACACUCCUGGAAUCACUCCCUUCGAAUUUUUCAUUUCUUAUUUUUCUAUAUUAAAAAUGUUAUUUUACCAAAUGUUAAAAAAUUUAGGCUCAUGCUAAAUUAUUAGCUACUUUUACACUAACUUUUUGUAGCUCCUGUGAAAGUUUAUCUGGUGUGAGUAAACAGAUACAGCCCAAAUGCAUGAAUUAUUCAAUUAAAAGAACAUCUGUAAUAGCAUUGAUAAUAAUGCCUUUUGUAGCCAAAAUCAGGUAUCUCAACCUUAUGUUUUUAAAGAGACGUUUAACUAAAGAUUGUUAAACAUUGAUUUUUUUAGUACUGAAAUAUUUUAUAGCAGUUGUCUACUUUAGUCAAGAUAUUCAGUAAUUUGUUUUUUCCUUAAGCAUGUAAUCUUAUUUCUGACAAGGAUGU